AUGCAAAUUCCCCCACCGUUAAUUUCCCACACCUCUUAUUUAUUUAUUUAUCCAUUUAUUAUGCUCCAGGUCAAGUACCCGUCUCUGUUAAACGCCAACAAUUUCAUCACGCUGGCCGCGUACGAGUCCAAGUUUGUGGAACUGGAACGAGCGGUUCCGAUCACCCCACAGAACCUCACGCUGCUUGUUGGGAAUCUGCUGGGAGACCAAUCGGACAAAGUGCCGUCGCCGUUGUUUGAUAGCUCAUCGUACUCGAGCCCGCUACAAAAGUACCUGACGAUCGCGUCGUACUGCAAACUAAUUGUUCUGUCGCCGCAACUGUCGAGCUUUGAGCUGUCGUUGCAGGACGUGUUUCAAAUCUGGGAACUGCGCAUCAACCUGUUGUUAAUGGCUUCGAACCAGCGAUUGCCGCAUUCCAGUUCAUUGAUCCCGCCGAUUCCAAACGCACAGUUCCUUAGAAACGAAACUAACCUCUUUUUGAAAGAAUUGGUUCGUCUGGACGACAAAAAGGCCGCAGAAGGUCUUCCAAAGGAACUGAGCUGGCACUUCAAACUGUUGAUCCAUAGAAUCAAGUACGGCCCGAGUCUGGUUCUGGUGAACCAAUUGUACAACGACCUGUUCCAGCUGCGCUCGGAAACACCAAAAGACACUCACAUCGAAAAUAAAGCCAGAAUCAUGUUCUACAACAUAUGUGCCAUCAUGAUCACCAGAAACGAGCUGCUCACAACAUUCAACCUGCUGACCCAGACACUCGCACAGGAUCUGCACACCCCGCACUCGGCGUCGCUCACCGCAAUUGUGGGCUGCGUGCUCGCAUUCAAAGAAACAGGCUCUGUUUCGCCAGACUCGCUCUAUUUUGAAGAAAUAGCCACCGCCUACCAAAAGGCCGACCGCCAGCUGUUCGACCGGAUAGACAAGUUGACAGCUUCACCCGAAAAUGAGCACCCAACAGCCUCGUUGGACGGCCUGGUCGGGCUCGUGGUAGCCAACAAAAUCACACCGCGUAUGCUAUGCACGCUCAUCGCAGAGCUCGAGCUCGAACAACUGCCCCCGACCGAAAACACGCCGUACGGACACUGUCUCGACCUCGCUCACCAACAAUGGCCCUCCAAUGUAUAUAGUUUGUACGCACUUGAAUGA